AUGGCUUCCAAGGUCAAGCGCGCCGUGCGCAAGCGGCUCUCGCGCGGCUCGAAAGCCGCUACGGCCGUCAGUGACGCGACGAGCGAGAACAUCUCGAACGACAAGGCCGCCUCCAGAGCCUAUGACGAGGAGCAGGGCGCCGGCCGCCCCCGCAAUCCCCGCCGAACCGUCUCUCCGUCCAAGUACAAGCUGCGCGUCACCGCAGGCCCUUCCUACGAUGUCUCCACCCACCGAAUCGUCGAUGUGAACGCCCGCGACGCCCUGGCGUUCGAGAAUCAACACAUGCGCGUCAACAUCAAGGUUCGCGUGCGCGAUUACGAAGGCCUGCCCCUCUCUGCCCCCGCCAGCAGCGCGUAUUUCGCCGAUCCCGUCCACGAAAAAGACCGCUACAGCAUUGCCUUCUCCUUUGUCCCCAAGGCCGAUAUCCAAGGCACUCAUUGCGUCUGGGGCCCUAACUUCGAGCAUCCCGUACGCGAUCGUCUCCCACCGGGUUUCAACUACGCUUUUGGCAUCGUGAAACGCUGGAUUGAUCCGGGAAUUGAGUGUGAUGCGUACGCCGACAAGCCCUGGCUGUACGCCCCGGCGCUGAGCUGCUGGUUUGUGCUGCGCGUCGGCCAGAAGAUUUCCGCUCACCAUAAUGUGCCGGAGGUGGAUGAGCACCCGGUGUUGGCGGAAGGCGCCGACGGCGACGGCGCGGCAGUCAGGAGUAGACUCGGCUUGCCCGCGGAGAGCGAGAAGCGCAGGAAGCAUUUUCUCGAUGCGACCAAUAGAGAUAAGUUUGUUUUUGAACGGGGACGGCUCUACCAAGGCGACUUCUUCAAUCCAUACCUCGACUUCAACAAGUUCGCGCUUCGAUUACCGGGCUUCUCCCUCGGCGUGCUCAAAUACGUCGACGACAAAACCCACACCCUUCGUUGGGUUUUCAAGAACGCGUCUACCGGUGAUGUUUAUUUUGUCGUCGUUUUCAGUCUUCUUUACGGAGCUCAGCUAGACGAGGCUCUUCGACAAGAACAAGAAGAUGAAGAUGGAUCGCAUCGGCCCUAAUAAGGUCUAGAUGGGAUGUGGCCAUGAAUAAUGAUUCUGAGAUUGAGGCAGCAUAACGCAUGCCGGCUUUGCUGUACUUUGUUCUGCUAACCCAGCGAUUAGGUUCUAGGAGUAUAACACUAAACAAUCUCAACAGGGCUUACGGACAGGACAAUACAUUCAAUUAUGCUUGCUGUGCACUGGCGCAGGGGGUCAGAUAGCGAAUCGAUUAUUAGAGAUUUCCGUGCAUACUCCAGACAAAUUUGCGCGAAAACGCGUAUAGUAUAUAAGUAUUUAGUAGUGCAAAGUAAGAAUGGGUUAUAGAGCUUAAUAGUUAUAUUCUU